AAAGGGGAUUUUGCGAAAUUUGACCUUGUCUUUACUGUGUUAGUUAGCUUCGAGAACGCAAUAAAAGUGUAAUUGCUCCGAUAAUCGUCCCAGUGAAAACACAAACACAAAUGUAUUUUUAAAAAUAUGAAUAAGUUGGUUCUGUUUCAAAUUUUGUCAUCUGAAGAAGGAUCCCAGCAAAUCCUACUUGUGAUACACAUGAUCAAAAACAGAUUUCAAGAUCUACAGAAUAAUUAGGGCAGUACAUCAUGAAGUUCUCUGAAGAUUCAAGUGGAGUGCUUCAUUUAAAUUCGACUUCGAAUAAAGCAGUCAAGGAAUAUGAUUGCCAAAAGGUUGGCAUAAAGCAUUCAUCCGUUGGAGAUGUAUGUGACGUUGUUGUAAGUCAGAAAAAUAUUAAUGAAUCCAAAGAAAGCUCAAGUGAUAGACAGAUGACGUUUACUUCAGCUGGUUCACAUUCAAACCACUCAAAUUUACACAGUUCAAGUGAAUAUCCACAGAAAGCAAGACGGUCGCUUUUAGACUGGGACAGUUUUAUAAAUCUACCUAAAAAGCCUCGAAAUCUGUCGUUAAAAACUGAUGAUUUAUCUCGAACGUUAGUUACAAAAACGACAGAUUCAAGAUCUCCAAUUAAAUCAAAACAAGAAGGUGAUAGUCGUGCAUCCCCUUGCUUAUCUCCUAUAAAAGCAAACGAAUUUGUUGGAAAUGUAAAGUUAGCACCUCUUCGGUGUAGUACAGAACAUGACAAGUUAUUAACUAAUGGUGGCUAUUCGUCUUCCGAAGAACAUCACAGUAAAAGUGUCCCUGCAAGGGGAGGCGAAUCAUCUGAUUUCAGCAGUCCUGAUUUCACUUUAUCAAGUAUCCCAGUUAAAAACCGUGCUGAAACGAGAAAACGAAGAUCAUCCCACUUUGCCACUGCCUCCAAUGACUCCGAAGUAUCUUCAGACCAGCUAGAUAUACACUCUCAAAGGCAAAACCAAAAAAAAAUUAUCAUUGGCAAUCAUAACAGUAAAAAAAGAAAGUUGUCACCUUCAGUUCGAAUUCGCAGAACAAAAGACACCUUUACAUGCAUAGCAAAGGAAAAUUUGCACAACGGUGUGCAAUCGCCUGAUUUUGCUUUUGAUACCGGUAAUUCAGUACAUUGUCAAAAGGUGUCAUGUCGCUCUCUAUGUGGUGCCUGUGAUCAUGAUAAUCAUAUAUCUAAUGAAUUAAACUUAAGAGAACUCAGCGGAAAUAUUGCAUCUCAGCAAAAUCAUUCAUUGGCCAAUAAUUCAUUCACGACUACUCAUGUGGCAACACAACGGCCAUCUUUAAGAUUGAAAAAGUCACCAAAACUUCCAAAGGAGGAGCUUAUCUCAACUCAAAAUCAAAGUAAUUUGGCUAACAAGUCUGUUUUUCAAUGUUUGUACUGCACGCGCCCAUUCUCAGAAAAACGAUAUCGACUAAAGCACAUGAUUGCUUGUCGGUUGGCUCCAAAAAACUUAACAAAGAAAAAAUUACACGAAAUUGGUCGAAUGUAUGAGUCUUCAUCGAUUUCAUCGGGAAGCCCUAAUCUAGUUAAUAAUGUCGAUGAAGAAAUAUCAAUAAGUAAUGGAGUUAUUUGUCAAGCAAAUCAGACUCUUCAAAACGGACAUUCAGACGAAAUAGAAAAUACUAUAAAAAAGGAUAAAAACUCCCCUGAAAAUUCAUAUCAAAAUAAUCCAAAGAUGAAUCAUGAUGUUGACUCAAAAUCAAAUCCAAUCACUCCUUUUCUGUCUACCACUACUAAUCCAUUUAUUAAUUCUGAUGAUUCAUUAAAAACAGAUCGUAAUACCUUAACUACUAAUACAUUUGAUUCUCACUUAGUCACAAAACGUUCAGAAAAUAAUUUAUCUUCUAAUAAUAAUGAACCAUAUGAAUCCGAUGAAAAUAUUUGGCAAAAUUACAGACCAUCUUACAGUGGACCUUAUACAUGUUCAUUUUGCUAUCGUGUGAUCCAUAAUCGUUCAAACUUUUCUAGACAUAUAGCCUCUUGUAAGGCUAGGAUUUCACUAAGUACGCGCAGUACCCCAAAACCAAAGCCUGCUGUACGGAGAAAUAAACGCGAAUUUCAUUUUGUGUUUACGCCUACUCACAAGGUGACACCACAGUUGAAGAAUUUAAGAAAAGAGUUAUUCAAGGGUGGAAUUUCGAAUACUGAGCUUAAUAAGGUUGAUCACCAACAUUCAAAUGGUGAUACAGACAAUAAUGAAAUUGCAAUGAAUUCAGGUGAUAAAUCACUGGAUCCUUGUGGUCUUUCUACGUUAGACAAGAAUGUGACUGCUUUAGUAAAUUCAGAAGACUCACAACAUGAUUGUACCGAUGAACAUCUGUUUUCGACUGGAUGUCAUCAGGACAACCCCACUGAAGAUGAACAGAGGAAUCGGAUGUCUCCAUCGACGAGUGGACUGGAGACAUCAGAAGAAGCAACGACGACGACAACAGCAACAACAACGAUGACGACGACGACAACAACAGGAACAUCGAGUGAACAAGAUGUUUCGAAUGAAAAUUUAACUGAUACUCCCUUCAAAUGUAACAUGUGUUCAUUGAGUUAUCGCCAUAGAACGUCACUUUUACGUCAUGCACGUCAAUCGAACCACAAGGUGGAUCUGAUUAGGACUCGUAAGAGAACAGACUAUGUGAAGAAUAAUAACUCUGGUAUAAGGAAAUCAGGGGAGUGUUUGAAUGGUGGUGGAUGCAUGGAUAAUGAGAUGGUAUCGAAUUCGACAUGGAAAGAAUGUUCAGAGUCGGUGACGCUGGAUUCCAAAGUUGUUGAGAAUGAGAAUAUCGGGCAGGUAGUUGGUGAGGUUGAUCACCAACAUUCAAAUGGUGAUACAGACAAUAAUGAAAUUGCAAUGAAUUCAGGUGAUAAAUCACUGGAUCCUUGUGGUCUUUCUACGUUAGACAAGAAUGUGACUGCUUUAGUAAAUUCAGAAGACUCACAACAUGAUUGUACCGAUGAACAUCUGUUUUCGACUGGAUGUCAUCAGGACAACCCCACUGAAGAUGAACAGAGGAAUCGGAUGUCUCCAUCGACGAGUGGACUGGAGACAUCAGAAGAAGCAACGACGACGACAACAGCAACAACAACGAUGACGACGACGACAACAACAGGAACAUCGAGUGAACAAGAUGUUUCGAAUGAAAAUUUAACUGAUACUCCCUUCAAAUGUAACAUGUGUUCAUUGAGUUAUCGCCAUAGAACGUCACUUUUACGUCAUGCACGUCAAUCGAACCACAAGGUGGAUCUGAUUAGGACUCGUAAGAGAACAGACUAUGUGAAGAAUAAUAACUCUGGUAUAAGGAAAUCAGGGGAGUGUUUGAAUGGUGGUGGAUGCAUGGAUAAUGAGAUGGUAUCGAAUUCGACAUGGAAAGAAUGUUCAGAGUCGGUGACGCUGGAUUCCAAAGUUGUUGAGAAUGAGAAUAUCGGGCAGGUAGUUGGUGAGGUUGAUCACCAACAUUCAAAUGGUGAUACAGACAAUAAUGAAAUUGCAAUGAAUUCAGGUGAUAAAUCACUGGAUCCUUGUGGUCUUUCUACGUUAGACAAGAAUGUGACUGCUUUAGUAAAUUCAGAAGACUCACAACAUGAUUGUACCGAUGAACAUCUGUUUUCGACUGGAUGUCAUCAGGACAACCCCACUGAAGAUGAACAGAGGAAUCGGAUGUCUCCAUCGACGAGUGGACUGGAGACAUCAGAAGAAGCAACGACGACGACAACAGCAACAACAACGAUGACGACGACGACAACAACAGGAACAUCGAGUGAACAAGAUGUUUCGAAUGAAAAUUUAACUGAUACUCCCUUCAAAUGUAACAUGUGUUCAUUGAGUUAUCGCCAUAGAACGUCACUUUUACGUCAUGCACGUCAAUCGAACCACAAGGUGGAUCUGAUUAGGACUCGUAAGAGAACAGACUAUGUGAAGAAUAAUAACUCUGGUAUAAGGAAAUCAGGGGAGUGUUUGAAUGGUGGUGGAUGCAUGGAUAAUGAGAUGGUAUCGAAUUCGACAUGGAAAGAAUGUUCAGAGUCGGUGACGCUGGAUUCCAAAGUUGUUGAGAAUGAGAAUAUCGGGCAGGUAGUUGGUGAGAUGAAACAAAUAUCUGAAACUCAUUCAUCAUCCAAUAAUUUAUCUAUCCUAACUGGAAAGACUUAUUCUCUUGGUUUACGAAGUCGCAGACUAUCAUUACAAUCUAAUCAAAGUAUCCGAAAUAUAGAAACUCCAUCUAUUAUAUCAAAGUUAAAUAGAAGAAAAAAUAGAUCAGUUUCUCCAUAUUCACUUCGUCAUCCGCGUAUCGAAGAAGAAAUAUCUAAAUGUAGUCGUCGAUCAUCGGUGUCUACACAAUCUUUAAGUGAUAAUUUAAUUGACGAUGUCAAAUCUGUCAUCUCAAAUGCAACAACUGUCCCAGCAUCUGAUUGUAGUUUAAAAAUCAAUGAAUCGUCAUCAUUAUUUACUUGUUCUUGGUGUAAUCGUUCUGGAUUUAAGUGUUGGCGUUACCUUCAAAUACAUCGUGCACGAUGUUCAUCUCAUCCAAAUCGAUCCAAUAAACAAAAAUCUAUUUUAUCGACGAACAAUAUUUCACAAGUUAAAACUUCUGUAAUUUGUGAACAGUGCAAUCGAGAAUUUCGAUCUGGAACUGGCUUAAAAGUUCAUCAAACUUUAAUGUCCCAUCAUAAUAAUAAAUCAUUCAUUCAUAAAAAUGAAUUAUCUAAUAACUUAUUAUCACAAUCUAUCGCUUGUCCAGGCUGUUCACAUGAUUCACCAUUAUUUGAAUCAACUGAAAAAUUAUUAAAACAUUUACUAACAUUAAAAUCAACAAAUACUACUACUAAUACUAAUCAUCAUCAUCAUCAUCAUACAAAUCGUAGUCAAUAUUGGCCUACUGUAUUAUCAGUGCCUAAUUUAGGUUAUGGUUGUCAUAUAUGUGGAAUGUUACUUGCUUCAGAAUCACGUUUAGAUAAACAUAAAAAAGCUGUUCAUGAAGUAUGGCUUUUUCAAGAACAACAAAAUAUUAGUCCAAGUAAAAAACUAUCAUAAAUAUAUUUGUAUUUAUAUUACAUGAUUGUUAUAGUUGAAUGUCUUCAUUUUCUCUUCUUUCUUUUUUCUUUUUUUAAAAACAUUAUUAGUAUUUUAUCAGACAUAGUUAUCGUUUUUGUAAGUAGUCAACUAUCUGUAAAUUUGUGUAAUAACAAUAAUGUGUAUAUUAAUCUCUUCUUAAUUCUUUCUCUUUCAAAACUUUUUCUCUCUUAUUACGUAAGAAUAACAUGAUGAUGAUGAUUAGUAAUGAGAUACAUUACAAUGAUCAGUCGAAUGAUAAUGGAUCAAGACGAUAUGAAUAUUUGUAAUUAGUACUUAUUUAUGCGUUCAUUCAUGUAUUUUUGUGUGUACUGUUUCUAGGCUUUUUUUAAUUAAAAUUUUUAUUUAACCUUAUUUUUCAAAAAAAUACAUAUUUUCUGUGUUAGAUAUACUACUGAAUAGGAUUAUUUUUAAAAAUAAUGAAUGUAUAUUAAAAGAAAAAUACUCAGCAAAUUUUUCAUCUUUACUUCGUUAACUCCUUAACUUUUUUUUCAAGUUUAAACUCAGUUUUCACCACUUUGCCUUUGUAUUCCUCUGCUCACUCACUCAUUCACUCACUCACUCACUCUACUUAAUUAUUUGUGACUCAUUCCAUCUUACCUCUGUAAACUUACUAUCACAUCAUUAACAUCUUUCAGAAGUAAAAAAAAUAUUUUUUAUCAUAAACAAAUCAGAUGUAUGUUUUUCAGUUUAUAAGAUUAUUAUGCUUUUUAACUAGUACUAUUAUCAUUAAUUAUAAUUCUAUUAUGUACAGUUUAUAGUGUGAAAAUUGUUUUGCGUCUCUAGUAUUUGUUAUUUUGUUGUGUUUUCUCCCUCCCAGCAUAUUUCUUCUGUUCCCUUAGAAAACCACGAGAAAAUUGUAACUGUGGCAAUGAAUAGUGAGAGAUGGCGAAAAAAGAGAAAAAAGUUUCUUUUUUUUCUGCUUAGGAUUUUUUAAUGAAUCGUUCUUUUGUAUGAAAAUAAUAAAUUUAUUCGUUUGCUUUUUAUCAUUGUUGUUGUGGUGGUGGCGGUUGUAGCUGUACCAUUUCUAGUGGAUAUAUUUUAAUGCAAACACUUCUAGGUUUGUGUUUCAAUUAUUCUCUUCCUCUUCUCACUCGUCUACUCUGUAUUUUUUAUUUACUUAUUUUACAAUGUGUAUCAUUUUCUCUUUUUGUAUGUGUAAAAGAGAAUAAAUUUUUUUUAAUGACAAAAACUGCUUGUAUUCAAAUGAAGUUAUAGGUAAGUUUAAGAAAAAUAAUCAUCAUAGAACAAAAUUGAGAUUAUGU